GAUUAAAUUUAAAGAUAAGUGUAUGAUACAGUUCCAAAUUGGUGGGAUCAAAGAUUAUUCUACAAGAUGUGAUUGUACAAUUAAAAGAACGACGGCGGCAAGAUGCUGCAUAGCGAAAGUUCCUCGGAUGAGUCGUUCAGCAUGACGCCUGCAUGCGUCACCCUGCAGCAGGGUCUGUUUUCGCAAUCGCUUCCCGUGCCUGCUUCAUUGCUCUCUUCGCUUCACAGCAUCCCUUUCGUCAUUUCAAGCGCACUCAUAGCUUUAGCCGCAGCUAGAAAUACAAUAGCAGGGCAUCUUCAAAGGUUUUGGGGUGCAUCAGGUGACUUUUGGCAAUCACGAUGGGAAAGAGUUCUUGAUGUUGCAGGAGAUGAUCCAUUUUAUUUUUGGGUUGUGUACUCAACGGCCUUAACGAUAGUUGUCUACUGGUCAGUAGGAAGUAUUUAUACAUUUCUGGACGUUACUAAUAAACCUGCAUCUUUAAGAAAAUAUAAAAUUCAACCCGGCACAAACGAACCAGUUGAUAUGAAAAGGCUAAUGAAGGUAAUAGGAUGUGUUCUUUUCAAUCAAUUCCUGGUUCAAGUUCCCUUAACUCUACUUGGAUACAAUUGGGUUCAAUGGAGAGGUGGUGAUAUGACAAAAGUUCGAGAACUACCAACAUUUCACUGGGCAUUUAUACAAAUAGUUCUUUUUAUAAUAAUCGAAGAAAUAGGAUUUUAUUACUCACAUAGGUUACUGCAUAGUAAAUACAUUUACAAGCACAUACACAAGCAGCAUCACGAAUGGACGGCUCCAAUAGCUGUGACGGCUAUUUACUGCCACCCAAUAGAACAUAUAUUUUCAAAUUUGUUGCCACCAUUUAUCGGACCUCUGAUCACAGGUGCCCACGUAACUACAGCCAGCAUUUGGUUCUGUAUGGCAAUUCUGAACACUUUGAAUGCUCAUUCAGGAUAUUAUUUUCCAUUUUUUCCAAGCCCUGAGUCACACGAUUAUCACCAUUUAAAAUUCAAUCAGUGUUUUGGUGUCUUGGGGGUUUUAGAUUGGUUGCACGGAACAGACAUACAGUUUCGAAAAAGCAAAGCCAAUGCUCGUCUUGCUUCAACUAAAGAAGUGUUAUUAAAUGGCGAAGAUAAAACAAAACUCAAACAAAAAUAGCAUGAUUUACUUGUCGGUAAGUGUUGGCCAGGAAUAUUUAUAUAUUAUCAGUCAGGAAACACACAAUAUUAUUUUAAGCUAGCAAAAUUAUUAAUUAUUACCUA